AUGGCUCAUAUUGGAGGCUUGCGUACCUUGUCUGUAAGGCCUCAAGCUGAUGAUUCAUUGGCUCGCAAACUGGGUGUAACUAUGGGGCAACAUCCACACUUGAUUUCCAUCAGAAACAUGUGUCUGGCUGCCGUGGCUAUUGAUGUUCCUGUGCAGUCUGCCAGUGUGGCUCUCGUUGAUUGUUAUUAUAACCACAUUUUCGUCUUGCUACGAAAUAUCAAAAUCAACAACAUGUUCCUUAAUACACCUAGAUUUGAUGUUGUGGUCUGGGUUGUGGUAUCAAAAGAUACGAGGCUUGAGAAGGUUCGAGGAGAUAUUGGGAAAAGAAUUGGAUUUUAUGAAAAAUGGGGGAGGAAACACUUUGAUAAGAAGGCCAAGGACAUCUCAGACAUAUUAAGGAGGAAGAAGUUUGUGUUGUUAUUGGAUGAUAUAUGGAAACGAGUUGACCUUACAAAAGUUGGGGUUCCUCCUAAUGGAAAUGAAAACAGGUCCAAGGUAGUAUUCACAACACGUUCCGAGUUGGUAUGCAGUCAGAUGGAUGCUCAAGAGACAUUUAAAAUGAUGUCUUUGGAAUGGCAAGAAGCUUGAGAAUUGUUCCAGAAGAAGGUUGGAGAAGACACCUUUAAGAACGAUCCAGAUAUUCUUCCCCUAGCUCAAGAUGUUGCCAGAGAGUGUAGUGGUUUGCCGAUAGCACUAACAUUGGCGGUGCUAUGGCUUGUAAAAAUACACCCCAGGAGUGGGAGCAUGCUCUUGAGAUCUUAAGGAACACCUCAAAUUUUCUGAAUAGGGAACAUGAGGCAUAUCAAGAUAUGGAGGCUGAGAUAUUUCCACUUUUGAAAUUCAGUUAUGAUAGUUUGCCCAGUGAUAGAGUUAAAUCUUGUUUCUUGUAUUGUUCUUUGUUUCCGGAGGACUGUAAAAUUCCAAAGGACGAGUUGAUACAUUGUUGGAUAUGUAUCUUUCUAGAUUUAGUUUGGUGUU